AUGGCGGUCACGGGCAAGCGCGGCGUGGGCAUCCCGACCAUCCUGCUGCACGACGGCGAGGGCACGAUCGUGUCCAUCGAGAUGAAGACGGGCGAGACGUAUCGCGGUCUGCUGGACGAGACGGAGGACAACAUGAACUGCGUCAUGAAGGACGCCGUGCGCACCGACAUCAACGGCAACACCACCCACGUGGAGCAGGUCUACCUGCGCGGCAGCCAGAUCCUCUUCAUCGUCUUCCCAGAUAUAUAUCCUUUGCAACCCCAUACUUGCGGCUGUAUAUUCACGUUAAAGCACGCGCCGAUGUUCAAACGAGUCAAGAUGUGGAAGAAGCACAAGGGAGCGAUACCCACACUGGGGCAAGGAGGAGUUGGAGGCGGCGCUCCGAGAGGACAGGCCGCUGCGAUCAUCCGGAAGGCUCAAGAGCGGAGAGGCGGAUUUUGA